ACUUGUUUCGGGAAAUACCCUUUAACAAAAUUUGAGUUUUUACAUUAAUAUUGUCUUGGAACAAACUCGUAAUAAAACACCUAUCGUUCAAAUGUCGAACACAAAUGGAGAACAACUUCGAGAAUGUUGUUCCCUUGGUGACGUAACAAAGGUUCAGAUUCUUAUAAAUUCUGGAGUAAAUGUUAAUUCCCAAAACCCUGUGAAUGGAUGGACAGCACUGCAUUGGGCAGCGAAGCGAAACCAUUGUGAUGUCAUAAAGCUAUUAUUAGAAAAUGGGGCAAACAAAGAAAUGUUGAAUAAAGAUGGGAAAUCCCCACGAGAACUUACAACGAACCCAGAUGUUCUGGCAUUGUUGGGUCAUAAUGUGAUAAUAAAAGAAUCAGUUCAACAAGAGAGCAAAACUACUUUUGUUCCAAACUAUUUGGCCAAUCCACCUUUCAUUUAUUCACAACAACAACAUCAACAACCCAACAAACAACAACAUCAACAACCCAACAAACAACAAGAGUUGCCAGAAGCUCCCCCACCACCAGCACAAAGCCACAAAGGUACCGGGUUCUGGUACCAACCAAGGGAGAUGUUCGCCGUGUUGAAAGAUUCGCACAAACCAUGUGGGUUGGUCGUCCACCCUGAGUAUUUAGUGUUAAGAGCCCUGGGUUGGGCAAAUAAUGUUGAACUUCAGUUCAAACGUUGAAACCCACCAAGUCUGGAACAACUUAAGCAAGCUUAUGUUGAAAAAUGUGGGCGGCCCAGUGAUACACGAGUAGGUUCUGUAUUUAAACUGCCAAACAACAUGGAACUAACAUCGGAUUCUGAUGUUCUGCGUUUGACCGAUUACCAAGAAAUUCGUUUCACUGUAAAACCAAGGUAAACGUGGUGUCUGCCACUGUCCAGAGUUCAAAAAGAUUCAGCUUGAGGCCACCUGCACCUCUGCUCACAACAGCAUGGGCAAUGCUUGUAAUUAUCAGUCAUAUUAACAAAAAUUAAAAAGUUCUUUAAAAAAAUAAUUAUGACAUUAUUUGUAAACUGUAGUUAUUUAUAUCCUACAAAUGAUAAUUGUGUGGCAACGUACUGCAAUCAUAUGCUAUGCAAGUCAAUCAAAUUCAUCAAUAAUAAAAAGUUAAUUUGUUUAGCUGCCACGUUUUUUUUAUCUGUUUAUUAAAUAGA